AUGCUGUCUUCGUGGCAUGAAGAUUAUCUCACCAACCCUGAGCCAAACUCCAAGUGUUUUGCAGUGCGGUCUCUGGGAUGGCUGGAGGUUGAGGAGGAGGACCUGUCUCCAGGUCGCAGCAGUCUUGCUGUCAGUAACGUCAUCCAGCAGCUGUCUCAAUGCACCAGCCCCGAGCAGAGAGACAGGCAGGGAGCCUGGGGGGAGGGUCGAGAGAUGAAAAUGGUUCUGAAGAAAGACACCCUGACGCUAUUGGACCCUUUAGACCACACCCCUCUGCACUCUCAGCCAAUCAUCAACAUCCGAGUCUGGGGGGUGGGCUGCAACAACGGCAGGGACAGGGACUUUGCCUUCGUGGCCGGUGAUAAGGACAGCUGUGUGCUGAAGUGUCACGUGUUUCGCUGCAACGCUCCGGCCAAAGCCAUCGCCACAGCGCUGCACGAGAUGUGCUCCAAGAUGAUGAUGUCAGAGAAGACGCUGAUGCGGCCGUCUCGCUCCCUGACAAUGGACAGCAUCUCACCUGAAGACCUGCCCAGACAAGUGGAGUUUCUGGAGGCCGUGCGGCAGCAGGUGCAGAAGUUUGAGGUCCAGUACGUCGGGAACCUGCCGGUAUCCAGAGCCAUGGGGAUGGAGGUGUUGAACCGGGCGAUAGAGAGCAUCAUGAACUCCACCGACAGAGACGAGUGGGAGCCUACGGUGAUCCACGUCACCGACAACAUCCUGUCUCUUUGGAGAGGCCAGGGGGAGGAGCCUCUGUGGGAGUGCCAGGUGCGUUUCCUGACCUUCCUGGGCGUGGGCCACGACAGCCACACCUUCGCCGUGAUCCUGGACGCCGGCACGCAGCGGUUUGAGUGCCACGUGUUCUGGUGUGAGCCCGACGCAGGGAACCUAUCGGAGGCCGUGCAGGCCGCAUGCAUGGUGCAGUACCAGAAGUGUCUGGUGGCUCAGACUCCGCCCCCGAGGACCAAGUCGUGGCGUGCGGCCUCGUCGAAGGUCAAACGGGCCAACUCCAUGGACGCCUUCCCUCCUCUCUCCUCCCAUCUCCAGGGCAACGGCAGCAGCAGCAGCGGCAUCGCCACGGCCACAGCCCCCAGGGUAACCAAGGGCAACGGCAGGAAGGGGAUGCUGGCGUUCUUCGAAACCUUCCGAAAACAGGCCGCCACCUCCCAAUGA